AUGAUGUGCGAAGCAGCUAGAUCGCUUAAUACACUAACACUACCAACUUGCCCAGAUGGUGAUUUUACCAUAGAAUGUGCAUCGUCUGGUGACGAAGCUGCCGGCAGCUAUUUUUCAACCUUACAUACAGUUGAUUCACAGCCUAAGGUAUCUGUUACAUUGGCUGACAGCAGUGAAGAGCUGGACGAUUCAGCAGAAACCUCCAAUGAAACUGACGAGGAUACCAAUCCGUAUGGCAGUGACGAUGGUUUAGAAGAAAAAUUGGAUCAAAGAUUUUUACAUGUCGCUGAACUGUCAGUGUCAACCAGUAAACUUUUGGCUCCAAAAGCUCAACAUAGUUUAUUUUCUCUCCUUUUUGCUCGUGUUAUAUCCCCAAAAGCAGAUGCUCAGUUUUUACUAUUCCUAGCAAUUCUAAUCCGCAAACGCCUCUUGUUUGCAACCUGUUAA